AUGAGUGAAAAUUUGAUAUUUGAGCAAGCAUUGAAUUUGAUUAUUGGGAGUGAUUAUCACAGUUAUCGACCACAGAUAUUAGUGUUGACAGGAAAUCCCGCAGCUCGGGCAUGUUUAGUGGAUUUUGCAUGGAAUCUCACAAAAGGGAAAUCUCUUCUUCUUUGCGGCUAUAUUUUACAAGAACCAGCAACCGAGCGAAUCUUUGCUAAAGAAGAAAGGAUUGAUCGACAUUUUAAAAAAUGGAUGCAAAAAAGGAAUAUUCAAGGAGAAUUGGUGACAGUUGCAAGUGGAUCUGUUGCUCAAGGAACAUCCAUAUUCAUGCAGACUGUUGGCCUAGGACUUCUGAAGCCAAAUGUUUUAAUGAUGGGUUUCAAAACGAAUUGGAUUCGUGUUGCCGCCGAAAACAUGAAAAUCAUUGUCGAUUACUAUCAAACAAUUGAAGUUGGCUUUUCGAAAAAUGUCUCUCUAGUGAUCUUUCGAAAUUCAGAUACAGGACUCGAUUUUAGUGAAAGCAUGAAAAAGUAUAAGAUAGCAGAAGUUGACUUGGAUGUGGAAAAUAUUGCAAAAGAAAGCGAUGAAAAUAAAGAGAAAAAAGAAAAGACAAAUGAUGAUGCGAUGAAUGAUAGCCCUCCAGUCUCAGAAGAAGAGGAAAAUAUUUCGAGAGCAAGUCACCAAUCUCGCAAAUUCAUGAGCUCUCUGCAAAAUGCAAUGUCGAAAAGGAAAGUACACUCGCUUUCGAAUGAUAUUGAGAAUAAACCACAGACGAGUACAACGCCUGUAAAAUUCAACCGAAGUCAAUCCGUUGAAACUCGCUUUAAAUUCAGUGUUCAAGAUGCCGAACAACAACAAUUACUGGUUUCACUCUCAAAAUUUCACACACCGGUAAAAAAUGGCCGAGUUGAUGUUUGGUGGAUGCAUGAUAAUGGUGGCUUUGCUCUUCUUUUACCCUCACUUCUCACACAAAUCGGAAGCUAUCUACAGGGUGCGAACAUUCGUGUUUUUGUGCAGGCCACUGAAAAUGCAAAUGGAAUCCAGAAAAAUCCUCAAGUUCAAGCAAGGAUGUCAAAAAUGAGAGCUUUCAGUCUUGGCCCUGAAACCCUUCAAAUUAUCAAUUCUUUUGAUGCUUUACCUCAAGCGGAAACUGAGAGAAAGUUUAAACAAAAACUCGAACGAUUCACUUGGAGAUCACAUGGGAAUAAACCAGCAGGUUUCACAACACCAAUCGAAUUACAAUCCGUCUAUGAUAAGACUGAGAGAAUUUUGCGAAUCUCUGAGUUGAUGCACGAGCAUUCACGCGAUGCCGAUCUGAUUGCUGUAACAUUGCCAAAGACACGAGUCGAAGAAGUUUCCCCAUGUGUUUUUCUUUCUUGGCUUGAUAUUCUUUCUGAAGGUCUUCCACCAGUUUUAAUGGUCAAAGGAAACAACGAUCCCGCUUACACAUAUUUCAAUCAACCA